AACAUGCUCAAAACUUCCAGUAGAUGGUACUGAAGCGCUCUGUUUACUACAAAAAAGAGCCGUGUGUUUAUAAGUGUUGUGACAAUAAUUAUUAACAAUGAAGCUAAAGAAGGCAACUAAAAAUGUUGGCAACCCAUUGGAAUCCUCUGAAUCCGAGUCAGAAUACAAUAGCUCAGACGAAGAACUAAGAGAGGCGUAUGCAAAAGGUUUAUUAAAACCUGGUCUCAAUGUGGUGGUGGAGGAAACGAAAAAGAUUCACAGAAAUUGUGUUAAUCUGAUGAAAGAGAAGUUAGAUAGUAUCAAAUUGAACUUGCCAUGGGUAGAGAGAUUAGAUUUGACCAAUGCACCGGCACCUCUGGCACCAGAGCUGGCGUUGCAAAUGCAAGAACAGGAAGUGAGACGCGCGAAACAGUUGCAGGGAAAUAAAAAGUUACCUCAGUAUGAUCCGGCAGAGGAUCCUGUCCUAAAUGACUUCCGCAGGGAAACAAUGUUUCAUAGACAAGCACAGGGUGCAGUUAUGGAUGGUAUCACACGGCUGAAGAAGCUUGGAAUUCCAACAACUAGGCCAGAAGACUAUUUUGCAGAAAUGGCCAAAUCUGAUGAACACAUGCAGAAGGUUAGACAAAACCUGAUGAGAAAACAGAUAGUAACGCAAAGAACAGAGAAGAUACGACAAAUGAGGCAGCAAAGGAAAGUGAGCAAACAGAUGCAGAUAGAAGCAACUCUAAAGAAACACGAGGAGAAGAGGAAAUUAAUGGAAGAAGUUAAAAAGUAUCGCAAGGGUAUAAGACAAGAUCUGGAUUUCCUAGAUGACAAAAAGAAACCACAAAAGAAGGGGCUGAAUCCGAAGACAGCAGCAAAGCGAAAGAUGAAGGAUGCCAAGUAUGGUUACGGUGGAAAGAAGCGAGACAGCAAGAAAAACACAAAAAGCAGCUCUGCAGAUGUUUCAGAAUAUAGAAGGCCCGCAAAGCCAGGGAAAGGUUUGAAAAAGGGUGGAAAGACCAAGCAGAGAUUAGGGAAGAGCCGUAGGAUACAGAUGAAAGCAAAGAGGAAAUGACAGCGUGCAUAAUUUAUAGCUUACUUUAUUGAUAGACCUAAUUAACGCGUUUUGUACGACUCAGCGGGUGUGCAUUUGUAAAAUAAAUCGUUCGCAGGAAUAAAUGAACCGUUAUUUUCA